AGGGGAGGGAGGCAGAGCCAAGAGAGAAACAAAAAACGUGACUAGGCACCCAAAGCCGCCUGUUAUGCAACAACUGACCUACUAACAUACAUUAGAGACUCCACAGCGAAAAGGAGGAAAUAAAGAGAGGCAAAAUAAAGAAAGGGAGGGCGGGAGGAACAGAAGCGAUCAUGACGGGAGGAGCGCACCAAAACAAGGCACUGUGGUCGCACAUCUACCGCCGGUAACACGGCAGGAGAGCGCUGCUGUUUCUGGAAGCGUGAGUGAGUUUUGAGAGAGACGCAGAACACCGGAGACCCGGUCGGGGGAAAAGGCGGGUUGUUGGACAAGACAACUUGGACAGCGUGGAUUCUUUGAUUUUUUUUUAUUUAACGCAUUUUAAAGCCUUUCAUCUUGCAGUCAGCUGCAGAAAGAACAGAGCGAGGAAGGGAAACUGAGACCAAGGCUCCCCAAGAGGCUAACAUGCUGAGGUAGACAGAACGGCCUACAUCCUGCAGCCUGCGUGGAGAUCUAGGACGCGUCGUCUUCAGCUCAGCAUACUGCUGUUAAAACAUAUAACAGUCAAGACUGGAGACUGAUCUAAUUCACCUCUGUUCUUUUGGACGCUGAAAGGAGAACCCCGAAAGUGGAUAAAUGAGGGUUGCCAAUGUUAAACUUCACUUGUUCUUCAUCUUUUUGAGAGAUCUGGACACUUGAGUCCCAAACGAUAAACAGGCUGCAUACACCAGGAGGCAAGGCGUUUUCAUUACAACCUCAUCAUUUCAAAGUGGCUGCUAUCAGUUGCAAGAAUGGAAAAUUUUACGUUGAAUAAACCCUCAGGGAACAACCUCAACAGCAUCGAGACCUUUGACAGUUACGACGAGACUCUUCAAGGGACACCGGCUCGCUUGGGGCGUCUCAUCAAACCCAAGCCCAAUGUUUCCUGCAGACGGAAGCGUCAGUUUAUUUCUGACGAGAAAAAGGACGCCUCCUACUGGGAGAAAAGGCGCAAGAACAAUGAAGCCGCCAAGCGCUCUCGGGAGAAGCGCCGUCUCAAUGACAUGGUUUUGGAAAAUCGUGUCAUUGCACUGAAUGACGAGAAUGUGAGACUCAAGACCGAGCUGCUCCAGCUAAAGCUACGCUUUGGCCUCAUCAGCACAGCCUCAUACAUUGAAAAGAGCCAACAGAUCAGCGUGGCAAAUGACGGCGGAAAUGGAGGCUCUUCCUCGUCCUCCUCCUCUAAUCAGUACUACUCCAGCGGUUACUCAAGUGGUUCUCAGGUGAUGAUUAACUCGGACUCCUCGGAAACAGAGCAGUCGGGACACAGCGAUAGCCACAGGCAGCUGGUGAAGUACUCUCCACGCGGCUCCCUCUCCGAUAUGUCCGAUGGCUCCUCGAGGGAUAGCCCUGAACCGAUGCCGUUUGAAAUCAAACAGGAGGGAGACAGGCUGGAGAUGGACAUCACCAGUGACACCACAACUCAGAUUAUGUUCAACAUCCACAGGGGUCCGGCAUCUGGGUCCACAAGCCACCAGAUUAAGCAACAUCAGGAGAUGGAUGCUGCGUAUCACCACCACCCGCACCUCCUUCAGCAGCAAUCGCAGCCCCAUCAGGUGACAGUCGCUGCUGUCAAAACCACCAGCCAGACUGUCCCUCACCCACCUGCUGCCCAAAGAAGUGUCAUCCUGUACGGCGCCAGCAGUGCCUCCUAUCCCGUUGACGUCAUGACCAGGCCCCAGGAUGUAGAUCUGCAGGUAGCCUUAAAGCACAGCAGUAGUCAACUGCAGCAGCCCGUCACAAAGACCUCCAUUGAGACUCUAGCUGAGGUAACAAAGCAACUGGAGAGAAAGACAUUGGACUCUCCUCAGUAUGAGCUGUCAGACAGCUUUAAUGAGGCUAAAGAGAGAGAGGUGUACAGAGUCUGUCAACCUACUCAACAGCAGGAGGGGGGAUCACCCAAAGAGAUCCUCAGUGAACAGGUGGAAGGGGUUAGGCACACCCAGUUGUACCACCAUCUUCAACAACCUCACCAUUCCUACCGUAGUGCACAAGAUGAGGAGCCACCAGUGCUUAGUUACGAGGGUGGACCCAGAGCCGAUGGUUACCUUCAAAGCCAAUCAACGUCGUUAAGUGACGCCGAUCCAUCUGACAAAGAGGCAUCAACAGAUGAUGAAGAAUCCCUAUCUUUGUCCUGUUCGGACAUGAGCAGCAUCCACAACCAACAUCUUUCUGGGAUCCUCCAAUCUGGUUCGCCUCUUCCCCAGUACCCAGGCUGCUCCCAGAUGCAGGGAUGGGAUCCUCAAGGAGAGGUUCGGGGAACGGCGCUCCCCCACAAACUCAGACUCAAACACCGGGCCAUGAGCACCGGAAGCAGCGGCGGCAACUGCUCCGGACAGGAGUCCCCAACCACUCCUCCCUCUGCUACUCCACCUCCCCUCCCUCAGCACCCCUAUCUUUCCCUCUCACCGUUGCAGAACAUUAAGCGAGAGAGUUCGAGUGGAGCUUGCAAACUGGUGGCGUCAGGAGAAGGUGCAAAGAAGGAGAGUGACAAAAAGGAAAGCGGAGGGCAACGAAACAAGAGGCGAGAUUAGGAGGCGUCACUUUACAACUUGAAGAUUUAAAGUUCUCCCCUAAGACUACUCUGCCAUCAUGCCUUUGCCCUACUAUGAAAUGCCCUUCUGACUCUCAGAGGAUCUGAUUCUGGGCUGUACUACCCACCAACUCCCAGAUUCAAGAAAUGAACGGACAUAUUGUAGGCUGUGUAUCAUAUUUGUAUAUGUUGUACAGAUUUGUCAUUUCUUACAUCCUCUCCAUACUUACUGAAGCAUGUUUGUUUAUGGGGUGAGGAGAAAUGGAACUCCCUGUUUUUUUCUACUCUUCUCAUUCAACAGUAUCCAGUAGAAUACACCGGCGAAAGCACACUUUUGAUAUUAUACAAAAAAGGAAUGUAAACGAAAACAACAACAAAAAAAAAUCAAUUUACAACAAAUUUGAUACAUAUCCAGCUGUAGAUAAACAUACAAAUGUAUGGGUCUAUGCCUUAACUAUAAUCAGAUGCAAAUGUACACCUGGGAUAUCCCCUCGACCAAAGAAGCACCAACACUACAACUGCUAGUUUUCAUGUCUCACUAACUCAGCCCUCACUCUUUCCCUCUCCCUGCGAACCAUCUGCAUUAUUUCAUAAGAGAUCAUGUCACAAUUAUUUUUGAAGCACUUCUUUUGUACAUAAAUGUGAUAUAAAUGAAUAUAUGUAUCUAUUUUAAGCAUCUAUUUUAGGAAGAAAAAAAAAAGAAUACACAUCCAAUAAAAAUGCAACAGGAGGGAUAAAUCUAAAAAUGACCAUCCUCUGACAAAUCACAACUAUCGCACAGUAGGGGUGUAAUGAGAACUUGUAGCAAAGACAUUGCAGCGAUAACCAUUUGCUGACAUCACGUGACUGCGUCUAGUGAAGUUUGUAAUCUAUUAGUAUGAGCCCUGGAUAUGAAGAUUUGUGCUUUCAGUUUGAGAGCUUCUAUGUUUGAGAUUCUUAUUUUGAAGUAUGAAAGGAAGUAGUUCCAGAUUAGCCUUUCGUAUUGACGGAAUCUGCUAAUAAAGACUGCUUUUAGGCGUCCUAACAAGUUUUAGGUUUACAUAGAAGACUCCACAACUUUUAAAUCAUUGGUCUGACAGCAUUUUGGUUACAGUUACAGUGACAUUCCAGAUAGAAAUGAUUCAAUCACGACUAGCUAACUGCUAGCUGCUGACAACGCUAAAGCUGGUACCUGCUUAUGCUUCUGUCUGUCCACUGUUACCCAAAGAGCUGUUUUUGAGGGGUUUUUAUUUUUAAAUAAGUUCGGGCUCCACUUGACCAUCUCAAGUUCAAAAUCUAAAAAUCUUGCGUCUCUUCAGUCGUCACUUUUUAAACACGACAGACCCGUCUAAUGGACACACCGCCAACAAAGCUAAAGUUAGCAUCUGCUUUCAUGCCUCCUAUCAGGGCCAUGAAAAUUCAUUAUUGUGCGUCAUGUUGUCUCAUAAUCUGUGUUGUUACACCCCUACUGUACAGCCAUGUUGGUUUUGGUUGCAGCAGGAUGCAUUUAGAUUAAACCUUUCUCUUCUGAUUGCUGAGCUUUGGCAUUAAUCAUUGGUAAAUGUCGUGUUUACACAGAAAUGGCCAUCCAUUGCGGAGAGCCAGGAGCACUGAAAGGAGAAUUUGUUUCUCCCCGAGGCGAAGGCCUCAUUAAAAUGUUUGGAUUAAUGAACCUUUAACCAGCCUUUUAAAUAUUUGGUGGAAAUCACCGGCUGCAGGCUGUAAGCCUUUUUAGUUUCUUUGAGCUUUAUCGACCAUAUCUUGUUGUUACUAUUCACUGGCCCGAUGUAUUUAUUUCCUUUGCCCGUCAACAUGCCAUUCACUGUACAAACAAAAGAAAAGCACAGGAACGUAGACGGAGAAUGUGUACAGAACCCUACACAUACAUAUCAUAGCUUAAAAGUAGAACGUUACAUUCUGGCAAAG